AUGGGUCUUUUUGCUUUGCUUUGGUUUUUAUUCAUCAUCCUGUUAUGGCAAGCGAUGGCAACAACAUCAACAAUAUUACCCAUGGCAAAGCCCCAUUGCUCCGAUAAAUGUGGUAAUAUCACAGUUCCUUAUCCUUACGGCUUCGGAGAUGAUGAAAGCUGUUAUAGAAGCGGCGGAUUUGUUGGAAUCUGCAACUACAGCUACGAUCCACCAAAACUAUUCCUUGGUAAAAACGUGGAAGUUUUACGCAUUUCAUUACAAGGCCAAGUGCGAGUCCUGACCUAUGUAAGUCGGGAUUGUUACAAUACAUCAGGCAAGAUUCAUUCCAACAGCCCUUAUUUCCAAUUGAAAGGUACUCCCCGCACCUUCUCCGACACACAGAAUAAAUUCACAGUUCUAGGUUGCGACACCAACGCAUUUAUCACUGGCUCAGAAGGUCUUGAUUUUAAAAGUGGGUGCAACAUGAUAUGCAAAGACAAAAACGAUACAAUCGAAGGUUCUUGUUCUGGCAUCGGUUGUUGUCAGACCUCCAUUCCAAAGGGCUUCAAGCGUUUUGAUAUAACUGUCGGCAGCUAUAAAAGACAUACCGAGGUAUUGGAUUUCAAUCCCUGCAGCUACGCUUUCCUGGUUGACGUGAAUUGGUACAACUUUUCCGUGUCCGAUCUCUUGAAUUUCAGCAUCAAUACCGACGAAAGCGGUGAUCCAAGAGUUCCGGUUGUGUUAGAUUGGGCAAUAGAACUGCAGACAAAUAUUAAAGGUUCUUCGUCUUGUGAAGAAGCAAAGAAAGACCAGAACACUUACGCUUGUGGCAACAACUCCGACUGCCAUGAAUCCAAGAACGGUCUUGGCUACAGCUGCAACUGUUCUCAAGGUUACCAAGGGAAUCCUUACCUUUCAGAUGGAUGCCAAGACAUAAAUGAAUGUACAGAUCCAAAUGGCAGUCCUUGCAAUGUGACCUGUACAAAUCUUCUUGGAAGUUACAAUUGCUCUUGCCCACCUGGUUAUCUUGGAGAUGGGAAAAAAAAUGGAACUGGAUGUAGUCCUCCUCAAAAGCUUUACAAACCAAUUCGAGUGAUUCAGAUCACCUUAGGUGCUGGCUUGUGCUCCUUGUUUCUACUUAUUGGUAGUUUAUUGGUGCUUGGUGCACUUCAAAAGAGAGAGGACAGCAAACGCAAGAGAGAGGACAACGAACGCAAGCAAAAAUUCUUUGAGCAAAAUGGAGGUUUCUUGUUAACGGAACAACUUCCUUCUCGUGGAGGACCUGUAAUCUUUAAAGAAGAAGAACUAAAGCAAGCGACGGACAACUAUGAUCCCAAGUAUAUCCUUGGUGCAGGAGGCUAUGGUACAGUAUACAAAGGAAUUCUAUCUGAUCAGAGAACUGUUGCCAUUAAGAAAUCAAAAAAAGUUGAUAAGCAUCAGGAGCAUGAGAUCAAUCAAUUCAUAAAUGAAGUGGUUGUUCUUUCCGGAAUUAACCAUAAAAAUGUGGUGAAGCUGUUGGGUUGUUGCUUAGAAACUGAGGUUCCUAUGCUAGUGUACGAAUUUAUUACAAACAAAAACUUAUUCCAUCAUAUCCAUGGAGAGGAAUGCAUUUCAUGGGAUAAUCGUUUAAGAAUAGCUGCGGAAACAUCAGAGGCACUAGCAUAUUUGCAUUCUGCAGCUUCACCACCAAUCAUUCAUAGAGAUAUUAAGUCGGCAAACAUUCUCUUGGAAGAUAAUUAUGUGGCAAAGGUGUCAGACUUUGGUGCGUCAGUGUUGGUUUCUUCAAAUAAAACUCAAAUUAGUACACUAGUGGAAGGAACAAAAGGGUACUUAGACCCAGAGUACCUUCAAUCAAGACAAUUCAUAGAAAAGAGUGAUGUUUAUAGCUUUGGUGUAGUACUUGCAGAGCUACUAACAGGAAUGAAAGCACUCUAUUUAGAUGAGCUUCAUAACGAGACAAAUUUAGCCAUGCAUUUUGUCACUUCAAUCAAAGAGGAUAGGGUCCAGGACAUUUUACUCCAUCAGAUUAUGUCUACCGAUGAAGGAUGCAAAGAGCAAGCACUAGAAGUUGUCAAAUUGGCAGAAAGCUGUUUGAAAGUAAAAGGGGAAGAAAGACCAACAAUGAAGGAAGUCGAAAUUAAGCUACAAGGGUUGAUGAAGAAACGUCAGAGACACCCCUGGAUCGCACAGAUUCCAGAGGAGGUGGAAUGUUUGCUUGGUGAACCAUCUGAAAUGAAUAGUGACAAGACUUGCAACACUAUUGGGUGGGAUAGUUUGACUAAUCAAGUGAUAAUACCAUUAGAUGGUGGGCGAUGAUUGUACUUGUUAAGAGAGUC